CACUGUCGGCUUUGCCUUAGUUGUGCACAUUGAUAGUAUCACUAUUUGCAUCCUUAAUUUUCUUGUCAACACUGUUUCGCUUUCUGCAUUUUAUAAGCUUUAUAAAUAGCUCUCUAGCUCUAGCAGUGUACCUUCUUUAUUACAAUUCUGUUAGAGAAGCACCUUAGUUACAGAUUACAAUGGCGCCCAAGAGUCGUAGCUACCAAGUUUCAGCAACCCCAGUUACCAUAAUUGCUCAGUUGUUACUUAUAGCUAUCACAACCCUUCUCCUUGUUUGGCUCGUACACUUGCGCGAAGGCUUUGCUUUCAACUCUUCCACGAAAGCAAAAAUUUUCAAUCUUCAUCCGUUUUUUAUGGUAAUCGGGUUUAUUUUGAUCGGAGGAGAAGCUAUCAUGGCAUACAAGACAAUCCCAGGAAAAAGGGAUACACAAAAAGUGGUGCACAUGAUUUUGCAUCUAUUAGCUCUGGUAUCUGUAUCUUUGGGGCUUUUUGUAAUCAUCAAAUACAAAAAUGAAGUGGGAGAGACAGAUUUUAUUUCAUUACACUCCUGGUUGGGCAUAAUCACCAUCUCUUUGUUUGGUCUUCAGUGGCUGUUUGGUUUCGUUGCUUACAUCUUUCCUGGUUCAGAAAUGUCAACGAGGGCAUCAUUUAAGCCAUGGCACACUUUCUUUGGGAUGGUCAUUUUUCUUCUAGCAGUAUGCACUGCUGAGAUAGGGCUGAAUUACUUCGUCUUAGGGAUCAACCAAGAAGGACUUAUAGUCAACUUCACUGGCCUUCUGAUCUUCUUGUUUGCAGCUGCAGUCUCCCUCACUGUCCUCCUCCCUCGACUAUAUUAGUACCGGCCAGUUCUCCGGCUGGAGCGUGUCACGUACAUCCCAUAUAUGGUUUGCAAAUCUAAAUAAGCUAGAUACAGUCCCUUUUCUUUUUUAAUUUAUUCUUUCUUAUCAAUGUUGUUUUGACACACAGAUUGAUUAGAACUAUAAACGAUUGAUUAAAUUUCAAUUUGAAUUUGUUUCAUGCUCAUACGUACACAUAAUCAAUAAACGCGUUGAUCGAGCUUUACCUUACUUAGCAUAGCUAUGAAAACUUAGUUCUUAUUGCUUAUGAUGGAAUUAUAGAGGUUAUUGUGACAAUUGCAAAAAUCAUCCGACAAUAUACCAGUAUAUAUAUAUUUUACAUUGUAA